GGUACCACGGAUACGUUCUAUGUCAUCGCUAUGUUCGUGAGCGUUCGUGAGUGCCACCUAUAGGUACAAACGGUCCCUAGUUUUCCAAUACGUUGGGAAGUAACCACGUAAUAUGGCGGACGCUGCUCCAGCCGGUGGAAGAGGUUCAUUUCGCGGUGGAUUUGGGUCUCGUGGAGGUCGUGGGCAGAGAGGUCGCGGACGCGGCCGUGGACGUGGACGUGGAAGAGGAAAGGAAGCAGAAAAAGAAUGGAUCCCAAUAACCAAACUAGGUCGGCUUGUGCGGGAAGGGAAGAUUCGAACCCUGGAAGAUAUUUAUCUAUUCUCGCUGCCUAUUAAGGAAUUUGAGAUCGUUGAUUUCUUUAUUGGACCAACACUUAAAGAUGAGGUCUUGAAGAUCAUGCCAGUCCAGAAACAGACUCGUGCUGGACAGAGGACCAGGUUCAAGGCAUUUGUUGCUAUUGGCGACUCAAAUGGACAUAUUGGCUUGGGUGUGAAGUGUUCCAAAGAAGUGGCAACAGCAAUUAGAGGCGCAAUCAUUUUGGCCAAACUGUCAGUGGUACCUGUAAGACGCGGAUACUGGGGCAACAAGAUUGGCCGGCCUCACACUGUGCCCUGCAAGGUAACAGGCAAAUGUGGGUCAGUUCAGGUGCGCCUGAUUCCAGCUCCCCGUGGUACAGGCAUUGUGUCAGCACCUGUUCCCAAAAAGUUAUUGCAGAUGGCUGGUAUUGAAGAUUGCUAUACAUCAGCUAGAGGCUCGACGGGUACGCUUGGCAAUUUUGCCAAGGCAACAUAUGCAGCAAUUGCCAAGACAUAUGCAUACCUGACUCCUGACUUAUGGAAGGAGAUGCCACUGACAAAGCCUCCAUACCAAGAAUUUGCCGACUUCUUGGCCAAAACCCAUCGCCCUGUUGGGAGCCAGCGAGAAUCUUAAUGUGUCUUCUGGAGAAGUGUAUUUGGUUCUCUGCAUAGCUUAAUAAUAAAGAGACCACUGCGGAAAUGUA